AUGAACGUCGGAUCGAUCCUAAACGAGUCUCAGCCGGACAAGUCUCGCGGCAAGGAACAUUCCAUCAACAACUUGUUGAAUGACCCUGCUCCAGCGGCCAUAGCGCAUAAGGAUUCCGAUAGCUCUUUCACAGAGACACCUCGUCCCUACAGAAGUUCAAUUGCUAGUCUUACAAACGACAAGGACGUGGAUUUUGCCACGGGUCAGGAAACGACGAAUGCCAGCAGAAACAGCGUAGAAGAAACCGAAAAUGUGAUUUCUCCACGAACUGAAGUGAAGAAGGAGUUGGCACCCCAGCUGGAAGAGCCAGUGGAUGACGAAGCAAAAAAUGGUGAUAAAACUGAAACAAAAACGGAAGAAAAGUAUGUUCCUCCAAAGAAGAAGUCCUCUGUGGUGGACCAAAAGGAAUUGGCUACGCUAAAUAAACUCCGGACCAGCUCCAAAAAUCGAAAACCGCGCCGGUACACUGAACCUCCAAUUUGGGCACAAGAAUGGAACCCUCCUUCGCAAAAAUGGGAAGGUCACGUUCAGAAGCAGCAUCCUGCCGGACCAGUGGAAAACGGCAGCAGUAUGGCAGUUUCCGAUAAGCACGUUUUCAACCAGGGUCAAAUGACCUCUUUGGAUUUGGAGUGUUCUGUCACUGGAGUGAUACCGCCUCUGUCUGUGGUAAGAACCAUUGCCGAGUGGAUAUAUGCAAACUUUGUAGAGAUACCCUUGGACAACAGACAAUUUCUCGAGCUAGAAUUGAAGUUCGGCACAAUCAUCGAUAAGGCAACAGGCAGACGCUUGGAUCUUGGCGUCUCUACGGAAUGUAUCUACACCAAGCUGUCGAAUGUUCGCUUUGAGAUGGGCGUUCACGAGGUGGGCUGGAAGGAAAUGACAGCCUACUUGGAUGAAUUGGAGAAAGCUUUCCAAGAAGAGAAACGCAAAACUGGUACUAAGGGCCGCAAGUUCUCCACCUUGGACCUGGACGUGACGGACCAGUUUUUCCAAAUCACAGAACGUAACGAACAACCCAAGAAGGUGAGAAUCAGUAAGGACAAUGCCUUGACUCCGCCUCGUUACCAGGCUAUCGAGAAGAAGAGAAUCUCAGACUUGUACAUUCACAACCCCAUGUCCAUGUAUGACCUCCGAUUCCUGAUGCUGUUUGAAUUUCCUGUUCCUGAAAACAAUGUUGAGCCAAUUCUCAAGAAGAACAAGCCCUCGCUUACGCGAAUGAAGAAAAGAAACACAUACAACCACGCGCCUACAGUGACGCGUUUUGACUUCACCAAGGUUAGUGUGCCCAAGGCGCUGAAGAACAAACUGGGCAAGUCAGUCAUGGAGAAUGAUACCUCCCACGAGGUCGAAUUGGAGAUGGACCCUGUGGAGAUUUUCCGCGGUUUCGACAAGAUCAGAGACGGUUCCGAUACAAUCAGAUUUGAAGAGCUUGUUGAAAUCUUCCUCAACAAUGCCAGAAUCUUAAACAACAGGGUGACGAAAUUGGCAUCUAAGUAA